CUUGCUUCGUGCCCUCAACCCGCAUGGCGGAGCCGCGGGCGCGCCGCUGGGAGGCCGUGCGAGUCGGGCGGUUCCGGCGCCCGCGCUGAGCCGCGGGGGAGGGGCGGGGGACGCCCGUGCGGCCCGGGCGUCUGCCCUCAGUGAGGCGGGGCGCGCGGCGGACGCCCCCGGGCAGGGGCGGGAGUGGUGGAGCGGCCGGGCGGUUGACUGUGAAAGGGGCGGUGAGCGAGCUGCUCUGGUCUCCAGGCGAGGCUUGGCCUCCCUAGCAGAGACGGGGGGAGGCGGCGGUGGUGGCGGCGGCCCUCGGGCCGGCUGGUGAGGUGAUGGCGGCGCCGGCCCCGGGGGCUGGGGCAGCCUCGGGCGGCGCUGGCUGUAGCGGCGGCGGCGGCGCGGGCGCCGGCUCGGGCUCCGGGUCCGCGGGGGUCGGGGGCCGGCUGCCCAGCCGGGUGCUGGAGUUGGUGUUCUCCUACCUGGAGCUGUCCGAGCUGCGGAGCUGCGCCCUGGUGUGCAAGCACUGGUACCGCUGCCUGCACGGCGAUGAGAACAGCGAGGUGUGGCGGAGCCUGUGCGCCCGCAGCCUGGCAGAAGAGGCUCUGCGCACGGACAUCCUCUGCAACCUGCCCAGCUACAAGGCCAAGAUACGUGCUUUCCAACAUGCCUUCAGCACUAAUGACUGCUCCAGGAAUGUCUACAUUAAGAAGAAUGGUUUUACUUUACAUCGAAACCCCAUUGCUCAGAGCACUGAUGGUGCAAGGACCAAGAUUGGUUUCAGUGAGGGCCGCCAUGCGUGGGAGGUGUGGUGGGAGGGCCCUCUGGGCACUGUGGCAGUGAUUGGAAUUGCCACAAAACGGGCCCCCAUGCAGUGCCAAGGUUAUGUGGCGUUGCUGGGCAGUGAUGACCAGAGCUGGGGCUGGAAUCUGGUGGACAAUAAUCUGCUACAUAAUGGAGAAGUCAAUGGCAGUUUUCCACAAUGCAACAAUGCACCAAAAUAUCAGAUAGGAGAAAGAAUUCGCGUCAUCUUGGACAUGGAAGAUAAGACUUUAGCUUUUGAACGUGGAUAUGAGUUCCUGGGGGUGGCCUUUAGAGGACUUCCCAAGGCCUGCUUAUAUCCAGCAGUUUCUGCUGUAUAUGGCAACACAGAAGUGACUUUGGUUUACCUUGGAAAACCUUUGGAUGGAUGACAGUGGCUUUCUUGGGGUGAAAGACAGAGUGGAGGAGAUAUCUGCUUGUUGAAAGUAGAAUCAUGAAGUGACAGUGUCAUACAUGCAUGCCCAAGAAACAUCCUGAAAAACACACGAAAUUGUUAACUGGAGAAGCAGCUUUACAGCAGAGAUUAUCUUAGUGUUUCCUCUUUCUACUGGGCCAGAAAAAUCCUCAGGGUUGCAGCUGGUUGAGUGGGCAGUUGACAUAUGCAUGUUGCAACAGAUUUUGUCUCUAAGUCAGCAGUGUGUUAUUUCCAACUUUUAAGGUGAGAUUUUAGAGAUGCUAUGAAAGGGAUAAGAUAAGGAAAUAGCAAGAUUGUUAAGUAGUGUGUUUGUGAAGAAAGACUGAUCCUGUUUUACAACUGCCUGUUUUUUCUCCAGACCUGUUUUUCCAGCCAGCUUGACUAUUAGAAAAGUAUGAAACUGGUUGGAUUUUAUUUAAUAUUUUUAAUAUAUUGAGAAGCAUGGUCUGCCUGGACUGCACUUCUCUAACAGUGAGAUGUAAAAUUGUGCAGCUAUUUUAAAAGUUGUAUAUACAAUAUGUGUGUAAAAAAACUGUAUAAAAAAACACAGGACAAAGGGGUUUCUUUGUUCUAGUUCAGUUUCUUAAAAACCACUACAUGGUACAAAAUUAGAGUAACAUUUAGGGACAAUUGGGUAACUACAAAGAAGAGGAUUUUAAGAGGAGAUGUGUUGUAUUGGCUGAUUCUGUAUUAUAUUUGGUUUACAGUUCCCAUAGCUAUUACAGUCUUUUUUUUAGAGAUCAAAAUUAUUGUUAAAAUCCCUCAUCUCCUGGCUAAGGAUGAGGGAAGGCGAGUCUAUUUCUAAUCAUACAUAUGUCAGUAAUAGUAAUGAUAAUGUGCAUCUUGUAGUAUCUGGUUUUAUAUUUUGGCCUUCUGAGAAAGUGUCUCAUAACAACACCGAAUGUUGCCAUUUGCUCUUAUAGGACUCAAGUAAGGAAGCUGUUAGUCACAGACUUUAGGAAAGGAAUUGAUUACUGGUCCCUUUAUUUUGUAACUUUAUAAUGCUGCAGAUAUUAUAAUUUUUUUUUUAAUUUCAUAUUGUUUACAUCAUGCAACAAUCUAAGCCUCAAACUCUUCCUUGGGGUUAUCAAAAAAUGUUUACUCAUGCACCUGAAACAGUGCCAACCUGAACCCAGGUUAAGAAUGUGUUCUUAAUCUCAUUAUAGAUAAUUGCCCCCAUGGGACUUGAAAUAAAACACCUUGUGCUGAAACCUUCAGGUUGGCAAUAUUUUGAAAGUUUCAUUGUAGAAGAACUUAACAUUAAUUCCUGUUCUGAAUUUUUGACUAAUAAAUCUGAUUUCACUAAUACUCUUUUAAAUUAAUAAUCCAACAUACAUGAGCUGAGAUUUUCUUUUGUUAGAAGAGAAACAGCAUCAUCUUUCUGUAUGAAAGUAUAAUUGUAUGGUUUCAAAUACAUCUUUGUGAUAAGAAUUGACUAAGGCAAGUGGAAUCUUUGUACUUUUUAGGUUAUUACUGUAUGUGUAUUUUGUUUUAAAUCUAAUAAAAUUAGGGACAGCAAGCAGCUGGCUGGGGUUCUUGGGUUGCUCCUUGAGAGUUAAGAUUAUCAGUACUCCUAUGAAGUGGGGGAUUUCAGUCAUGAACAAAGAUUUUUUUUGCCACCUGACAGGUUUACAAAUAUUUAUUGUGUAUUUGGUAUGUUGCUUAAAGGUGAAAUCUGUUACAGAUCCUUUUUGAUACCCAUGUCAAGAAGAAAUCUCCUGGAGACCAUAUUUAAUAGUACAGAGUGAAAUUAUAUUAGACAAUAUAGCUGCUACAGAAAUUUACUUUUCUUGGUGUAGAACAACUCAAUUUGGCAAAGUUUAAAGUUUAAGUAAAGAAGAGAACUGGUUCAGGAUGAAGAUUGAGCUAUUUAGAAAACUAUAAAGUCCUUUCAGUACUUGUUUCUUUUUCAGAUUGUGAUGCAGCUAAUUCCAAGAGCUGUUACUGAGAGUUUUGUUUAUAACUUCUGUUUUGUCUUAUUGGUAAACAUGCACUUGUAACAAAGUUUUGAAGGUGCUUAAUGGAACACAGAAACACAUGGUGAGUGCGUAUUGAACCUAGAAUCAAAGAAUUGCCUAAAUAUUUAACAAGCCAUUCUUAUGUCAAAAAUUUAAAUUUCCUAAUAUCCCAUUUGCAAAUUUUAUAAAAUGGAGGUUCAUAUUUACCAUAAACAUCAGGAGAAUGAAGAGCCUUCAUAUCUAACCUGAUUGAUUCGUUACUGGAGACCAAUAGUAGCUGCACAGAAUGUUAAACAGCUACAGCGUUCAAGGAAAUGGAAUCUCUUUUUCAUUGGUGCUGAGAGAGUGUUUAGGUAGAAGUCACAGCUGAAGACUGAGUAUAACUCCUCUAAACCAGUGGUUCUCAGCCUUAGCUGUACUUUGGAGUCAUGUGCAUCUUGAAAAAUACUGAUGUUGGCUCCCAUACUCUAAGAUUCUGAUGUUGGUCUGCUUCCCAGGUGAUUUCAAUCUGCUGCCAAGGUUGCAUUCUAAAUUCACCUUAAGUUUUCUCAUCUGCAAAAUUUAAAGAAAUCCUUGCUCCCUCCCUUCACUACCUCACAAGGAUAUUGAGGGUAAAGGAGAAAAUAACAGGAAAAUGUUUGUGCAAUGGAUAAUAAGUGCUAUUGAAAGGCAAAGUAGUGUUUGUUGUCUUUCAGCUGAAACUAUGAUCAGGAAAAAAUGUGUAAUUGAGUUUGCUUUGUUGACUUGGGAAACCGGGAGCAUUUUCUUUGGUUCUUAACUUUAGUGAAGCAUGCAGAUGUGUAAGCAAACAUUACUAUUACUCUUAUUCAUACUAUGGUCUUCUGUCAUACUUGAGAUAGGCUGUUUUAAAUUAUCUGGUUUUACAUAGGAAAGAAGAAAUAUUAAGGGUUAAAGUCUGUAAUGGUCAAUGGCUAAUAAUUCAUUAAAACUUUUCAUACAAAGAAUUCUGUGGUUAAUAUAUAUCAUUUCAUAGUUGCUAUUGUUUUUUCGUUGUCUGACUUUUGAAUGUUAAGCCAUUUAUUUCAUCUCCUUUUUCUUAUUCAUGUAAGCACCAAAAGCAAGUAGGUUUUGCCGUUGAAGACUUAAAGUUAUGGCUCAAUUAUUAGACAUUUUCCGCCUCUUAGAUAUGACUUGACCUGGGAAAGAGUUUCGAAAACAACAGAGCCCUAAACCAUAUAGUAGGUAUAAUUAACUUUUUAAGUGCCCAAACUGCUGUUUAUAUAGACUGUAAUAUUAAUAUUUUUUGAUCAUUUAAAAAAAAUGAACAGUUUGAAGAGAUAGAAACUUAAGGACCUUAUUUUAAAGAUUAGUAUUGAGAAGAUUACUUCCCAGAAGUCAAAACCACCACAAUCAGGACCCCUUUGAAGCCUUCCUGGAAGGAAUACUCCCUUCCCAACCCAAAUACUACCCUCAUAAAGCAUUCCUCAACUCCUCCAGCUGAGUGUAAUCUCUCUUUCCUUGAAAUUUCCCUAUGUUUAUAUUUUAUCUAUACUUAACUUGUGCUGUUUUACUUUAUACCUUGUAUAAAUUUAUUUAUGUUUAUUGAUUAUUUCUUGGUGUUUUAUCUCCCCUGAACACCUUAGGACAGGAUCUCUGAUGGAUUCAUCUUUAUGCCCACAUCAUCUUAGCCCAUUAGGCAGGUACUCACGUAUUUGCUGAAGGAACAGAGAAAAAACUAUGUAGGAAAACAAACUCUGAAGUUGCAGACUACAGUAACAAAAGAUAGAUGAGGGAGAAUUCUUUCUGUAUUCUGUCCAAGUGAAGCACAAAGGAAAAGGAUGCUAAUCUGAGGCUAAUAAGGAAGAAAUAAUGACUGUGGAUGCAUUUUAGCCAUUCCCCUUUAUUCUUAAAUAUUGGUAAACUCUGAUUUUUAGUUCUUGAUGUAGAUUUCAUACUUGUUUAGAAUUAAAAUUAGAAUUCUGUAUUUUAAUUUUUGGAAAUUCUGGU